AUGUAUGAAUACACAUCGUUCCAUGCAUCUUCCAAUCAUCGGCCGGCAAGUUUCGCAAAUGCAUACGGUGCAGGUUUGUUAAACUGUAGGCGCUGCCACUGUCCAUCUUCAGGAUGCUCUACAGUCACUUCAAAAAAUAAGGGUGUCAGAUUCAAGCAAAAUAAUCCAGGAAGAAGCCCAGGUCUUACUGUUAAGGUACUCAAUGAGGUUGUGACCAUUAGGCUCAAUGUUGUGGAGAAAGAUGUCUGGCCGGGAGACAUACUGAUGUUCUGCUUUACUGAUGUUGUUGCCAACACCUACCAAGCAUUCACUACAACUACCACAACAAACAAUAUACUGAUAAUGCAGAAAAUCUGAGCUACCUUUGUGAAAGAGGCCAAGAGAGGAUUGGAUGGUGAAGUUUCAGAUGACACAUUGCUGACUGUUUCCACAGAGCUGAUUUUGCUUUCUACUGGCAGCAGAAGGAAGUUAUCACUUUUAUUUUAAACAAUUCGGUUCUAAUGCCACCAAUUUGUCAA